GUAUUCCGUGUUUUCUGAUAAGGAAGAGAAGUACGUGAUACCUUUAAUUUAGUCAUUAAUUUAUGCUUUAUUUUACCUGAAAUCAUUAAUAACUUUCAUUAAUCAUAAACUAAGAACAAAAAUGAUCUCGACGAAGCUUGGAUCUUUAUUAACUACAAAUUAUGGAAAAUUGUGUCUACGAACAAUCUGCAGCAGCAAUAUUUCAUGCAGAGAAGUUAAACCAGCUCAAUCAUCUACAAACUUGAAAAAUGUUGUGCUUGUUGAGGGUGUCAGAACACCAUUUCUGGUAUCUGGGACAGAUUACAAUAAUAUUAUGGCUCAUGAUCUACAAAGGCAUGCAUUAUUGUCACUAGUUCGACGUACAGGAAUUCCAAAAGAAAUUGUUGAAUAUAUUAUUGUUGGGACUGUUAUUCAAGAAGUCAAGACUAGCAAUAUUGCUAGAGAAGCUUCUUUGGGUGGAGGAUUUUCUCUUCAUACACCUGCUCAUACAGUUACUCAGGCUUGCAUAUCUGCAAAUCAGGCUAUAACUACUGCUUAUGGGCAGCUGGCCUCUGGUCAAAUUGAUGUUGCUGUGGCUGGAGGAGUUGAGUUUCUUUCCGAUGUCCCUAUUCGGUUCAAUCGUUCAAUGCGCAAACUUAUGUUAUCUGCAAACAAAGCAAAAACUCCAGGGCAAAAAUUAGGACUUCUUUUAAAGUUAAGGCCUGGACAUUUAGUCCCAGAGGCUCCUGGUGUAGCUGAAUUCUCCACUGGUGAAACAAUGGGGCAUUCUGGAGACCGAUUAGCUGCAGCUUUCAAUGUUUCUCGUGAAGAGCAAGAUCAAUAUGCUCUGAGAUCUCAUACAUUAGCUAACAAAGCUGCGCAGCAAGGAUUUUUAACUGAUAUUGAACCGAUAACAGUGCCUGGAAAAGACACUCCAAUUAAAAAUGAUAAUGGCAUCAGAGUUUCAUCUCUUGAACAAAUGGCCAAACUGAAGCCCGCAUUCAUUCGUCCUCAUGGCACAGUCACUGCAGCAAAUGCUUCAUUUUUGACUGAUGGUGCAUCAGCUUGCCUUCUCAUGACAGAAGAAAAGGCAUUGUCUUUGGGGUUAAAACCAAAAGCAUAUUUAAGGCAUUAUGUAUAUACAUCUCAAGAUCCUAAAGACCAAUUAUUAUUAGGUCCUACAUAUUCUACUGCUAAAAUCUUGGACAAAACUGGGUUAACCCUGAAUGAUAUUGAUGUAUUUGAAUUUCAUGAAGCUUUUGCUGGACAAAUAUUAGCCAACUUCAAAGCAAUGGAUUCUGACUGGUUUGCUCAAAACUAUAUGAAUCGUAAAAAAAAGGUUGGUGUACCAUCCAUUGAAAAAUUCAAUACUUGGGGUGGCUCUUUAUCAAUUGGUCAUCCUUUCGGUGCUACUGGAGUUAGACUUGUGACAACAGCAGCAAAUCGUUUAAUAAAAGAAGGUGGUCAGUAUGCACUUGUAGCUGCUUGUGCUGCAGGAGGAUUAGGUCAUGGAAUGAUAGUGGAACGUUACCCUAAGUAAUUGAUGCCCUGAAUCUGUAAAUAUAUAUGUAUAAAUGUUAUAAAAAAUCAAAAAGCUUUUACAGGAAAGCUUCUCAGUUGUGUAAUCUAAGGAAAUUAUGAGUUACGAAACAAAUGAUAUUUUAUAUCAGUUAUGUUUGUUUGAUUUUUGAUACAAUAAAGCAUAAAAAUAUGUAGUAAAAAUUUUCCACUACAUGAAAACUGUAAUUUUGUACAAACAUGACAAAUGUAUUACAAUCAUCAUUUCAUGCUGAAAAAAUGUGCCUUUGUGUAUUUAAUAUAUAAUAAAAUGAUUUUUAUAUUCA